AUGCCCCUCUCUAACUCCACAAACUCUCUAACAGGAGGAGGAGGAGUGCCUCUGUCGGUGGACUUCGACAGUCCUGAGGAUUAUUUCGUCUUUAUCUUCCAGAUUUUAUUCGCUACCACCACUGUCAUCGUAGCUGGAACUGUAGUCAUUGGUAUUUCGGCCACUAAAGCGCUGCGCCUCCAGAACAGAUUCAUUUUCAUGCUGAAUACGAGUAUCUGUGACACUCUGGUGGGCUUCUCAGUGUAUUAUCUGGGUCUGUUUGAUGUUCAGGAGGGGUAUCCGUCUAGAAAUGGCACUUAUAAUGUUUUACCCUCUCUUCUAGGGGUAAAUAUAUUGACUUUUUUGUUCGCACAGUUUGACCGGUACUUCGCUGUGUGCUAUCCAUUCAUCUACAGCCGCUUUGUAACCAGACACUUUGUGAUUGGCAUCAAUAUUUACUGCUGGUUUUAUAACUUCGCUCACCUCCUCGCCAGAAACUUGUUACCCGUUUCCAAAGCCCUACAGCUGUACGUGUUCAGCAUUGUCUCCUUUCAGCUAGUUGUGCUCACUAAAGUGGUCAUGACGAUCAAACUGUAUGUUGUGGCCAGAUUCCAGGUGGAAAGAGACCCUCCGAGCGCAGAGAAAGAGACCAAGAAGGAAUCACUGAGAAUCAUCAUUUUUGUGGUCAUAAGCUUCCUGUUGUUGUGGUGUCCCUCUUUUGUAAAUAUCAUCUUUAGAUUCAUGACAGGGAGGGGACUGACAUUCAGAAACGAGGCCACCAAUCUUUUCGCCAUCAUGGCUCGUUUGAACGCGGUGUGCACCCCGUCUGUGUACAUCUGGGGGAGUCCGGCUCUGAGGGACGCCGUGAGGAGGACAGUGUGGGGAAGAGUGUGUCCAAAGUGCAGGAGGAGGUAAAACUGUCUGCAUGCAAAACAACGACGCUAUGUUCGCUAUGUGCGUGUUCUGGUUAAUACUCACAUCAAGUGUGUUUCAUCGUUUUCCUCAGAGUGGGCUGCCACGGGACGAGAGGAGCAAAGACUCCAAAGAAAUAG